AACAUGGUUACAUCCCAUUCUAUGUAUUUCGUUAUUACCAUUACAUUGCUUUUCAGUGGGAUUUUUGAAUCUUGUAACACCACGAAGCUCCACGAUGUUGAAGUGAGAGCACUGAAAGAGAUAGGAAAGAAGAUGAAGAAAAAAGAUUGGGACUUUAGCAAUGAUCCAUGCAGUGGAAAAGGGAAUUGGAUUGUAAACACUAAUCCACUUAUAAAUAGUAAUCUCACCUGUGAUUGUUCUUUUCAUCCUCCUAAUUCAUCGUGUCACGUUAUCGCAAUAGUCCAUCGUUUUUUCUUUGUCUGCAGAGUUUUGACGUCGCAGAAUUUGACAGGCAUUAUACCCCCAGAAUUCUCUCAGCUGCGUUAUCUCAAAACUCUGAACCUUAACCGUAAUUGUCUUACUGGCUCAAUUCCUAAGGAAUGGGCAUCAAUGCAUUUAGAAAGCUUAUCGGUUUUGGGGAACCGAUUAAGUGGUCCAUUUCCAAAAGUGUUAACCAGCAUUACGUCACUCCUAACUCUGAACCUUGAGGGAAACAGAUUUUCAGGACCAAUCUCUCCCGAGAUUGGAAAGUUGGUUAAUCUGAAACAAUUAUUUCUCUCUUCAAAUUCCUUUACGGGUUAUUUGCCAGAGCAACUCGGACAACUUAGAAAAUUGACUGAUAUGAGGAUUAGUGAUAAUGCAUUUACUGGUCAGAUACCAAAUUCCAUUGGAAACUGGACACAGUUAUCUCAUUUGGAGAUGUUUGGUAGUGGUUUGGAUGGUCCAUUACCUUCCAGUACUGCAGCCCUUACUAGCUUGGUCAAGCUCCAGAUUAGCGAUCUAGGAGGAAAAUCGUCUUCCUUUCCUCCACUGCAGAAUUUGAAGUCUCUCAAAACAUUGGAGUUGAGGAGAUGCAACAUAUACGGACAAAUUCCUAAAUAUAUUGGAGAUAUGACGAGUCUCAAAACACUUGACCUCAGUUUUAACCUCUUAACGGACAAGAUCCCGUCAUCAUUAGCCAACUUGAAGUUAGCAGAUUAUAUUUACUUGGCAGGAAACAAGUUCACAGGGGGUGUUCCAAACAGUUUUAUCGAAACUAACAAAAAUAUAGAUAUAUCUUCCAACAAUUUCACCCUCCAGAGUUCAAUUCCUAGUGGUGAUUGUGACCAAGUAAAUAAUGCGAAUUUGGUGGAAAGCUUUUCCAUGUGGAAUGAAUCAUAUAAGGGCUACCCUUGUUACUUCCAACACUUCCCUUGCCUUUUGCCUAAAAGAGAGUACAAAUAUAAGCUGUACAUAAACUGUGGGGGAGAUGAAAUAAAAGUUAAAGAAAAGACAUACGAAGCUAACGUAGAGGGUCAACGACCAACUACAUUUGUCUAUGGCUCUGACAAGCACUGGGCAUUUAGCAGCACCGGACACUUCAUGAAUGAUCUUACAGAAGUGGAUGACUACACCGUGUCUAACACCUCUACACUAUUAGCUGAUGCUUCGUCUCCAAGUUUCGUGUUGUACAAGACGGCUCGGAUUUCUCCUCUCUUGUUGACUUACUACGGACUCUGUCUCGGCAAUGGGGAGUACACUGUGAGUCUCCACUUCGCAGAGAUAAUAUUUACCAGCGACAAUACAUUCUACAGUCUUGGGAAAAGAGUGUUCGAUAUUUAUGUUCAGGAUAAGUUGAUGAUUAAAAACUUCAACAUUAAAGAAGCUGCUGGUGGAUCGGGGAAGCCAAUCAUAAAGACAUUUUUGGUAGAUGUAACAAAUCACAAUCUGAAGAUCAGCUUGAGGUGGGCUGGCAAAGGGACAACUACGCUUCCAAUUAGAGGAGUUUACGGCCCUAUGAUCUCAGCCAUAUCAGUUGAACCUAAUUUUAAAUCUCCGGAGCAUGAUGACAAGAAGAAUAUCCUACUAAUAGUAGGAAUUAUAGUUGCCGCAGUAAUCCUCAUUGUGGUCAUCAUCACAGUGAUCAUUUGCUUGUGGAAAAGAAGGUGUUACAAAAAUGCAAUGGACAAAGAGCUGAGGGGUUUAGAUCUUCAGACUGGAACCUUCACUCUUCGACAUAUAAAAGCGGCCACUAAUAACUUUGAUGCAGCAAACAAGAUUGGUGAAGGUGGAUUUGGCUCUGUUUACAAGGGUGUGUUAUCCGAGGGGAGGACGAUUGCGGUUAAAAAAUUGUCUUCAAAGUCCAAUCAAGGAAGCCGAGAGUUUGUGAAUGAAUUAGGGAUGAUCUCAUCUCUACAACAUCCAAAUCUUGUGAAACUAUAUGGAUGUUGUGUGGAGAAGAAGCAACUGAUAUUGGUCUACGAGUAUUUGGAGAACAACUGUCUUUCUCGUGCUCUAUUUGGAUCGAGACUGAAAUUAGAAUGGCCAACAAGGAAGAAGAUUUGUUUGGGCAUAGCUAAAGGACUAACAUUUCUCCAUGAAGAAUCUGUGAUCAAGAUUGUGCACAGGGAUAUUAAAGCGAGCAACGUGUUGCUAGAUGAGGAUCUCAAUGCCAAAAUCUCUGACUUUGGUUUGGCAAAGCUGAAUGAUGAUGAAAACACGCACAUCAACACUCGUAUCGCCGGAACACCAGGAUAUAUGGCUCCGGAAUACGCCAUGCGGGGUCAUUUGACCGAAAAAGCAGAUGUUUAUAGCUUUGGCGUCGUUGCCCUUGAAAUCGUCAGUGGAAAGAGUAACUCAAACGUCAAACAACCAAGCGAGAACUUGGAGUGCCUUCUUGAUCAGGCCUACGUUUUGCAAGACAUGGGAUGCUUACUAGACUUGGUUGACCCAGUGCUAGGUUCAGCUUACUCAAAAGAGGAAGCAAUGGUGAUCUUGAACGUGGCGCUAAUGUGCACUAACACGUCCCCGGCGUUAAGGCCAAAAAUGUCGCAGGUCGUGAGUCUCCUCGAGGAAAAGACCGCAAUGAAAAACCUGUUGUCGGACCCAAACUUCUCAGCAGUGAACCCGAAGCUGAAGGCUUUAAGGAGAUUCUUUUGGCAGAGCGAAUCAUCCACAAGCGGACCUCGUACCACUGACUCUGUUGAUGCUGAAGAGAACACAUCAAAAGACGAAAUAGUAGAAGAACCAGAACUUGAGUGUGAGUAAUAAUUCUCUACACCAUAUUUGUUUUAAGCAAAUGAUAUGACAUUAUUGUGACCAUAUCCAAACUUAGUUUCCAGAAAGAAAAAACUAUAUAUGUUUGUUGAAAAUAUGGUUAUGAAGAUGUUUUUAUGUUAAACAUUCUUAGCGAAUUAAAAUCAGAACCAUGUUAUAUAACCAAUCUAUCAAUGACUCUUGUGUCUACAUUUAUUACGUCUUAAACUAACAGUUUUCUCUUUAAAAAAAUCAUAAAGAAAGAUUAAUUACAAUAACAGUUAUAUUGUUGUGGAAAUG